UGGAAAUUGCGCGAUAAUAGGAUGCUAACUUGUUUGUUACAAUUUUGAUGUCCACCCAAGAAUCUGUCUUGAGAAUAUUUCCUUCUGAGUUUCUCAAUUCACCAUAAACCGGAUUUACAAACAUGGUUCACUAAUAUUUAUUAUAAACCUAGAAAGUGAUCAAUGAUCAGAUCAAGUGUAAAUUUUGUCUUAAUUUCAGCUUCAAAAUCAUUCAACCAGUUCCGGACCGCUUCGAACAAAUCAUUCUAUAAAAACCUUGGAAUUCUCAAUAAAACCAUUAGUAAUCCUAAAAAGAUCACAUUAUUUCUAGGUGCUGUUUCAUGCGGAGGUUUUGCAGUGUUCUACAUUUCGAAACCUAAAAAGAAAAAUGUUAUUACAUUAGAGGAGCUUGCAAGACAUAACAGUAAAGAAACUGGAGUUUGGGUUUCUUUUAAAGGAAAGGUGUACGAUGUUACCAGUUUUGUUGAUGAGCAUCCUGGAGGUGACAAAAUCUUACUGGCUGCCGGGGCUGAUGUCGGACCCUUUUGGUCGGUGUAUGCAUUCCACUACGAAGAACAUGUCUUGAAGAUACUAAAUCAAUAUUAUAUUGGAGAGCUAGAAGAAUUGGAUCAAAUUGAAGAAGAGGAGAGUGCAAGCGUUUAUGAUUCUGAUCCUCAAAGAAGUCCAUUGCUCAAUAUAGUCACUAAGCGUCCCUUCAAUGCUGAAACCUCUAUUCCACUGAUAAAUGACAAUCCGAUUACUCCAACAGAACUUUUUUUCGUAAGAAAUCAUCUUCCUGUGCCCACAGUUGAUAUUGAAACAUACAGACUAGAAAUCAACUCUCCAGUUGUAAAGACUAACAAUCAGUCAUUAAAAAUAUCGCUUAAAUUAGAAGAUAUCCAAAAGAAUUAUCCUCAGAAAAGUUUAAUUUCUACAAUUGUUUGUGCUGGUAACCGACGUCGAGAUAUGAUAAAAUUCGAUAUUGAAAAAGCCAAAAUGGAAGAUCGUAGUCCAUAUGUGAAAGGUUUAUCAUGGGCUGGAGGAGCGAUCUCAACAGCAGAAUGGACUGGUGUACCAUUAGUUGACCUAUUGGCUUAUCAUCUACUUCCAGUAAAUCAAAGGACAGACUACCAGGCACUGUGUAAUCUGCUUAAAAAUGCAGGUGUACGCCAUAUCCGAUUUGAUGGGUUGGAUAUUGAUCCUACUGGUGGAGUUUUUGGGUCAUCAUUGCCGAUCGAUUUAGCUUUAGAUCCAAACAGGGAAAUAAUAGUUGCCUAUGAAAUGAAUAGAAAACCACUCACUCGAGAUCAUGGUUUCCCGUUAAGAAUUAUAAUACCAGGUUCUAUUGGAGCACGUCAAGUGAAAUGGUUGUCUCAGAUCACUUUAUCAACAGAUGAAAGUGAAAGUUUUUGGCAACAAGGAGAUUAUAAAUAUGUCCUACCAAUGGCUGAUGGUCAUAUUCCUGAUACGAGUCAAUUGCCAGCUAUUUUAGAUUAUCCUGUUCAAUCAGUCAUUUGUACACCCUCUGAUGGUCAUACUAUAGAAAAUACUGGUACUAUUACUGUAUCUGGCUAUGCAUUUAGUGGAGGUGGGCGUGGAAUUAUUUCUGUUCGCGUUUCCACUGAUAAUGGCAAGUCUUGGCAUGAUGCUGAAUUAACACCAGUAAGUCCUCCUGCAGAAGGGCAUCCUGAUAGCGGUUUGGAGAAUAAUUCUCCUGCAGAAAAUCGUAGUAUGAAACAAUGGGCUUGGACAAUGUGGUCUGCGGAAAUUCCAGUCCCUGAAGGUAGUCAUGAAAUAGAAUUGGUAUGCUCAGCUGUUGACAGUGCUUACAAUACUCAACCAGAAGAAUGCUCAGCCUCGUUGAAUGUACGUGGCCUACUGACAAAUUGUUGGCAUCGAAUAAAAAUUAAGAUUUCUGAGACUAAAGUAUGAUGAAUAUUGCAGUAAUUUUUAACCAAAGUUAUCAUGAAGUAAAAACAAAAACAAUUCUCAAAUGUAUUUCUAUUUCAAAGUUUCAUGCUAUGUACAUAGUUUUGUUUUUAUUCUUCUUCGUUGUAAAGCACUUUUAAAAAUUUUUUUUGUGAAAUUUAUAAUCCUUUCUUUCAUUCUAUAUGUUGUUUGCAAAAAAAUGUCUUCACAUGUAGUUCUCAUUGAUUCAGAUAUAUUUUUGUUUGUGAAAUAAAU